GUGCGGGUAGAGGAGAAGGAGUUUGGUCCGGAGCGGUUCAAGCAGGAGUCUGGCUACGUUUGGCCUGGCUUGGAACGGGUUUGGAGCGCCGCGGUCACCGAAGAGGGAAAGUUUGCUCCAGCUUCGAUUCACGCAUUUGUCAGCCAUGUCCAGGUAGAGACGGUCUCCACGGUAACCGCUAUGCUGAGGCGUCUGGACAGAAUCCGCUUUCGGGGUCAGAAACGGGAUGAGUUGGACCUGGUUGAUUCUCCGAACACAUCAGACACAGAAUGCAACGAGGAAGUCCUACUGAGGCCCCGCAACUCUGUCAGAGAGGGGGAGGAGCUGAGGGAGGGGGAGGGGGAGGCAGAGUCACAGAGUGAUGCUCAGGCUGGUCCUGGCUCAUUUUCUGCUGCUCUACAAGAUGACACCAGAACAGACCUGAUUGAGGUCAAAGGUCUCCUGGAAGUCGCCCUGUUAGAGAAACAUUUCCUCCAGGAAGAACUCAAAAAACUUCGGGAAGAGUCGAAUGUGGACUCCCUGAAACAGGAUCUUGAGCGGGAGCGCAACCGACGCAUGGAACUGGAGCAGAAGAUCAACGACACCCUCAGAUCCAGAUCUGAAGACUCACCUUCUCACUCUCGCAGAGCCCCGCCCCCUCUUACACCUGCAGUUAGCUUUUCAGAAAAACAGAAGGAGUCUCUGUUCAGCAGCUUUCUGAAGUGGCUUUAUGAACGCUUCGGUGUUUAUAUUGAAGACUUCCGCUUCCAGCCGGAGGAGACGACGGUGGAGACGGAGGAGCCCCUGAGCGCCAAAAGGCUGACUGAAAACAUGAGACGACUCAAAAGAGGAUUCAGACCUGUGACCAACUUCAUGAGGAACCUGUCUGCUUUAUCCAGCUGGUACUCAGUGUACACAUCAGCCAUCGCCUUCCUGAUCUACAUGUACGCAGCAUGGUAUGGUUGGACCAUCCCCAUGUUCCUGUUCUUCGCCAUCCUCCGUCUGUCCUUAAAUUACCUCAUUGCCAGAGGUUGGAGGAUCCAGUGGAGCAUCGUUCCUGAAAUCUCAGAGCCAUUGGAGCCGCCUAAAGAAGAUCUGACAGUGUCAGAGAAGUUCCAACUUGUUCUUGACGUGGCUCAGAAGGCUCAGAACCUGUUUGGGAAGAUGGCAAACAUUCUAGAGAAAAUAAAGAACCUGUUCAUGUGGGUUCAACCUGAGUUAACUCAGAAGCUCUACGUCGGUCUGUGGGUGGCCUUCAUCUCAUCCUGUCUGCUGCCUUUCAAACUGCUGGGAUUCAUCAUAGGUUUUUAUGCAGGUAUAAAGUUCUUCAUCAUCGACUUCAUCUUUAAGAGCUGUCCUAAACUGAGGCGGAGAUAUGACACGCCGUAUAUCAUCUGGACCAGUUUACCUACAGACAUACAGCUGAAAGAACGCAACAGUAGCAGCACACUCAGCAGACGGCCGUCUGAGUGUGAACAGGUACCUGCUUCAGUUCGAGGCAAUGUGGGAGCUGCAGCUCCUGUGGGCGUCAACAGGGAGGAGGAUGGAGGUCGAACCUACAGCACCAAGAGAGGAGCUUUUCACGAAGUCUUCAACCUGUCUGAGAGUGAACACCCACUAACAGUGUGUGAGAACGGCUGGCGCUGCUGCCUCAUCAACAGAGACAAGAAAACACCGACAGACUACAUCCGCAACGGAGUCCUGUACAUCACAGAGAAUCAUCUGUGUUUUGAGGUCUCCAGUUCACGUUCUGGACCGUCUAAAAGAAACAAAGUCAUCAAACUGAGUGAAAUCACUGAGAUCCAAAAGUAUAAAGUUUUGUCGGUGCUACCAGGAUCUGGGAUGGGCAUCUCCAUAGCAACACCAUCCACACAGAAGCCGCUGGUUUUCGGUGGGAUGAUCCACAGAGACGAAGCCUUCGACGCCAUCUCUGCUCAACGUGCAUUGGUGACCAUGGCAACGACCUCCAACCAGGAGUCUUAGUAUAUAUUUACAUAAAUGCAGGAACCAGAAGAAGGUUUUUUUAAAGAUUGUGACAGCUAAAUCACAGCUGAUAUCAGACGCUAAACCUAUACCCACCUUAAUAUCAUCAUAAUAACAGCGACACAACUGCCUUCCAACAAACAGCUGAUUUUAGCCGAUCACAGUUACACAAAAACCUCCUGCAGAUCAGUGGGAAGCUACUACAAGGUUAGUGGUCGUUAAGUCCAAAUAAUAUGCAGCUAAAACGUUACAGAGCAUGAAUCAGCUGUACGGUGUCACAUAAUCGAUUCGAUGUACCGGUUCAUCCGUGGAAUGUCAUACUCGUAUGUAUCUAAACACUUUUAAACAUUUUGCUGUUGUUGUUACUUGUAACUCUGUCAGUGUGUUGUUACAUAGUACGAUAUCACAAAACACAAACAGACAGGAGAAGAAUUUCAGUAUUUCUGUUCUGUAAAUAACCAAAAAUGCACUGACUUAUCCAAUAUAAAGCUAAAGAGGAUGGAUAAUUUGGAAUUUUUCUGAACAUAUUCCAGUUGCAUGUCUGGUUUUUUGCAGAGCAGAUGAUACAGAACUUUCAGGGAAGUGUCUGUGUUGUGCUGCAGCCUUACACUUAAUAUUAUUGUAUGUCGUGUAUUAUGUGUUUUGGUAUUAAUAAUAUACAGACUGUUCACUGUGCAGGUUUGAUGGAAACACUUCUUUUUCUUUUAACUUUAGCUUCUUUUGUCUCAGCUAAAAAUCAAGGAAACAACAGCAUGUUCUGCAAAACUUAACAGUUAAUUUUACCAAUUGAAAACUCUUAUCUUUCUCUUUAUUCUUCCUUUCUGUGGUGGAUGAAAACAGUUUAGCACAUCUUUCAUCUUUAACUCAUCUUUAACUUACCCUGUGCUCUCCAUAAUUAUAAAUUGCUUUCAUGUGCUAACAUGGUUACAUGGGUAAAUCCUAUUGCAUUAACAUGUUUAAUAUUUAAACUUUUGUUUACAUAUGGCACGUAUACCGUAUUAUUUUUAGAGCAUUCUCUCCAUGAGCUUGGCACAACACGAGAAGACCUGUCUUUGCUGCUAUUUAACUGUAUUAUUUGUAUUCGAUAAGCUUCUCAAACAGGAUGUAAACUGUUACUUUGACAUUACACCAGCUCUUGAUAACACUGGUCUACAAUGUUUCAGCCUCAGAGAUUCAAAGUGUUAAAUCUUACAUAUUUUAAUAAGAUGAAUUAAAAAACAAAUGACAAAAGUACUGCUUAGCUGAAGUUUUUCCAAUGUAUAUGAUAAAGUGUUUUUGGUUUAUGUACAUUUAUACAAUAGAUUAAUAAUGAAAGAACCUGUAAAGUGAAUGUGUUGUAAUGUUGACGUCGAUCUGGUAGCACUGAGACAAACAUUUCUUUGGAGUAAAACCCAUUAACCCUUAAUUCUCACUAUUUCAUAUUUUGAUCCAAGACUGUAUCUUGGAAACUUCAGCCAACCAGGAUUUUGACUGAACUGUUCUUUAUUAGUGACUCAAACUCAGUGAAGUUUCACUACUUUAAUUCUGGAGGCGUUUUACUACUUUAGACCAGUGUUAUCAUAACUCAACGUGCAUGACAUUCAGUUGAGUUUAUGUCAAAAAGGGAACGUACUAAUUCAAAUCUCAGCCAGUAUAUAAUGAAUCAGUUCAGUUUGUUACAGUCAUGUUACUGUUGGUUUGCCUUUUCUGUUGGUGUCCGUUUUGUUUAAGGAUUUGGGCAUCCCAUCACCUCAAACUGAAUGCUCGGUUUCUUUUCUUGGUCGACCUGCUACGUCUUUGUGAUCUUGGGUUUUAUAUUAGGGGGAAUUAAAGUUUUUAAACAUUGUAAAGUUUUGAUGUACAUUUUUUUAUUGAAGUAAAAUCAGACAUCAACACU